GUCUUCUAAAAUGGCGGAAAGGAACUGAAGAAUUGAAGAUUUAAAUAUUAUUAAAAAGCAUUCAAAUGUGUAAAAAGUGGGCUUAAAUAAUCAAUAAACUAUAACUAAGCGCAUUAUCUAAAGGAAUAAGAGAAAAUUCGAGUGUUUUCAACAUAUUUAAAGUGUAUAAUUAGCAAUUGAAAAUUUUGCAAAAAAAAGUGAAUAAAGAAGAUCCAGUGAUUUGUGUUAAAAAGAAGGUAUUUGUAGCAUAGCAAAGACCGUAAAGCAACUGGAUACUAUUUUAUUUUAGCAAGAAAGGAAUAUAUAGUCAGAUUGCAUUAAAAAAAAGUAAUAGUAUUUUUUCAAGAAUAUGAAGCUAUGAGGGAAUGAGAAUAAUCAAUAGACAAGACAUAGACACAGAAAUGAUGGAUGAAAAUUCACUAAAUGGUGCUCAAAAUCAAAUUGGUGUCGGUCAAAAUCGCGUAAAUAAUAUAGCGACUGGUGACAAAGUAAAUGAUGAUCCAAGCAAUGGAAAUGCUCAAAAUGUUCAGCCUCAAUAUACGAUUCCAGGAAUUUUGCAUUUUAUUGAGCACGAAUGGCAACGGUUUCAGGCUGAACGUUCACAAUGGGAUACAGAUAGAGCCGAGUUACAGUCAAAAAUUGCUGUGUUGUUAGGCGAACGAAAAGGUCUUCAAACAACCCAUUCGGACUUGAUACGUCGAAUUAAAAUGCUUGAAUAUGCUUUACGACAAGAACGCAUUAAGUUUCAUCGCUUAAAAUUUGGAUGUGAUCCACCGACAAUUGACUUAACACAAUCACCUGAUGAACAGGCAUUAGCGAAUGAAAUUGCCACAGAUGCAGAUUUUCCAUACAGUCCUGUAACAAAUCAAAUGUGGGAGCGUGGACGUGCACGCCUACAAAAUUAUUUGAAAGAAAUUGGAUGGACAGAGACAAUAAUUGAUGUGCGUUCAAAGUGUACCAGAAAUUUAUUGAAAUUAGGCAAUGCGGAACAAGAGGAAAAUAUAAAUCCAAAUGUAAACGGUACUGAAACUAAUAAUAAGCGCGCAAGUGAAUCCCAAGGUAUGUGUUCACAAGAAAGCAGCGAGUAUGAUAAUGAAAGCAAUUUUUAUAUCAUAGGACGCGAUCAACCAGCAAAAAAGAGUCAGCAAGCUAUGGCUGAUGCUCUCUUAUUGGACACAGAAGCAGCUGUAAUGUCUAGCUUUGCCUUUCUUGAGCCCGCCGAUGUUGAAAUGGACGAAGAAGAUUAUAUGGGAGAUGAUAUGGAUCUUGUAACUGGCAGUGAUAUAAAGCAGUUAAAAAUGAAAACCAAAGGUGUAAUUGUAAAUGAUGAUGAUGCAGACGCUGAGGCAGAAGAAGUGCUGAAUGAUUUGAAUCGUUUAGCUGAAGGCGAGGAUGCCAAUAUGAAUAUGGUUGUCAAUAAUCAGCGUAUCAAUGAUGGAUCAAUGAAAAGACGUGUAAUGACUGGUAUGGGACCAGGCGUAAAUGAUGAGGAAGUUGAUAGUAGCCUCGGUCUUGGUGAAUUGGCAGAAUUGACCGUGACCAAUGAAUCAGAGUCGACUUACGAUGUCAAUAAUUCUAAAGAGUCAUAUCGUAAAACAUGGAAUGCAAAAUAUACAUUGCGUAGUCAUUUUGAUUGUGUAAGAGCACUAGCAUUUCAUCCGAAAGAGUCUGUCUUGAUAACAGGCUCUGAGGAUCAUACUUUAAAAUUGUGGAAUCUCCAGAAAACCGUUCCGGCAAAGAAAUCAGCAUCUCUUGAUGUUGAACCACUUUAUACAUUUAGAGCUCACAAUGGACCAGUUUUAUGUCUUGCAAUGUCCACAAAUGGUGAUCAAUGCUAUUCUGGAGGACUUGAUGGUGUCAUAAAUUGUUGGAAUUUACCUAACUCUAAUAUAGAUCCAUAUGACAGUUACGAUCCAGACGUGCUGAAAUGCAGUCUAGAAGGUCAUACGGAUGCAGUGUGGCGACUCGCGGUAAAUCAUACGAAAGGAAAUCUUGUGUCUGCUUCGUCAGACGGUACUGUCAAACUCUGGUCACCACAAUCAAAGCUCCCAUUAUUAAAUACAUACAGUAAUGAAACGGAAGGAAUUCCAACUUCUGUCGACUUUGUUCGUGAUGAAACAGAAAAAAUAGUUGUGAGUUAUAAGAGUGCAGUCUCAAUAAUCCAUGAUGUAGAGACGGGAAAGCCAUUGCUAAAGUUAACACCAAAUGGUAUGUCUGGACCCACAGAUCCAUCAAAGUAUAUUAAUCGAAUUAUAUCACAUCCAACAAUGCCGAUAAUCAUAACAGCACAUGAAGAUAGAUGGAUUCGAUUUUACGAUGUAAACGAUGGCACAUUACUUCACGCAAUGGUCGCACAUUUAGAUGCUGUAACAAGUUUAGCAAUUGAUGUUCACGGUCUUUAUUUAUUAAGUGGCUCACACGAUUGUUCAAUACGAUUAUGGAAUAUUGCAAAUAAAAAGACUUGCGUGCAAGAGAUAACAGCUCAUCGGAAGAAAUUUGAAGAAAGCAUUCUCGACGUGGCAUUCCAUCCUACAAAGCCAUUUAUCGCCAGUGCUGGCGCUGAUGCAAUUGCAAAAGUGUUCGUUUAAUCAUAAAAAUGAGAUGAUGAGAAAAAUAUUAUGAAAAAAAAGUAUGAUAAACAAGAAAAAAAAUAAUAGUAAUAAUGAUACUACUGAUAAUUAAUAAUCCAAAAAAAAAACACACAUAACUAAACCUACUGAUUAUCGGUAAUAUACAGCGAUUUAAAAUAUAAAGUAAAUAAACAUUAUUAUUAUUAUUAAUUAUUAUAAAGCACGCCAUCUUGUUAAUAACUAGAUGUGUUACUGAGUGUGGUAAAGUGAAACAUUUUAAAAGAAAAUCAGUGAACUAUCGCCAUUAAAUUGUUUUCAAUUAUUAUAUUAAAUAUUUAUAUACUUUUUUAAUUCAUAUCAUAUUCACACCUUAAUAAACGGUCAAAAAUUUAUGAGCUCGAUAGUUUCGAUAGCUUUUACAGAAAUGGCAAACAAAAUCUGAUCGUGAGGGUGCGAAUAUGUUUGGAAAAGCAUUUUGCUUUCCUUAUCAGUUUAUUUAUUAAUAAAUGCAAGAUAAUAUAAAAAGAUGCGAGAAAACGAUAAUUAAACUAUUAUGAUUAUUGAAAUAAAUUAAUUG